ACCUACGGUUUGUGGGGUUACAAAAUCCUAACCUAGAUUUGGAACCAGCGCCUUGUUUCUCUCUCAGUUCGAAACGCUUGCUAGGGUUUAUUUGGUUAGGGACGAAACUCGACCUCGUCUUCACUUUCCCUUCUCGUCUCCAAUUUUUCAGAGUAAACCUCCGAUCAGGUUGAAAUUAGGAAUUUAAAAUGGGAAGCAAAGGUCGAAUGCCACCUCCUCAUCAUUUAAGGCGCCCUCUUCCUGGUCCUGGCAUGGUUCAUCCUGAUGCCUUCAGUUCAGGAAUAGGAAUGCGCCCACCACCUGGUGCUUUCCCUCCUUUUGACAUGUUUCCUCCUCCUGAAGUUAUGGAACAGAAGCUUGCUGCCCAACACGUGGAGAUGCAAAAACUUGCAACCGAAAACCAGAGGCUUGCAGCUACCCAUGGUACAUUGAGACAAGAACUUGCUGCUGCACAGCAUGAGCUGCAGAUAUUGCAUGCCCAGAUAGGAGCUGUGAAGUCUGAGAGAGAACAGCAGAUGAGGGGCCUUAUGGAUAAAAUUGCAAGGAUGGAAGCUGAACUUCAAUCGGCAGAACCCGUUAAGUUGGAGCUGCAGCAAGCACGGGCAGAUGCCCAGAGUUUAGUGGUCGCGAGGCAGGAACUUAUUUCUAAGGCACAACAAUUGACUCAAGAUCUUCAGAGGGCUCACUCUGAGGCGCAGCAGAUUCCUGCUAUGAUGUCAGAACUUGAGAGCCUCAGGCAGGAGUAUCAACAUUGCAGGGUUACCUAUGACUAUGAGAAGAAAUUAUACAGUGAACAUCUCGAGUCCCUUCAGGUGAUGGAGAAGAAUUACAUGACCAUGACCAGGGAGGUUGAAAAGCUUCGAGCAGAGUUAACAAAUGCUAACAUUGACAGACGAAUUGGUGGGCCUUAUGCUGGCACUGGCUACAGCGAGAAUGAGGUUUCUGGGCAUUACCCUGGAGGACAAAACACAUAUGAAGAUGGCUAUGGUGUUCCUCAGGGACGUGCCCCCCUCCCUGGCAGUGGAACUGCAGCUCCUGCUGGCGGUACUCCAUCCCACACUGGUGCUCAAUCUGGACCUAGUUCUGCAAGAGCUGGCUAUGAUGCACCCAAGGGGCCUGGCCAUGAUGCACAGAGAGGGCCCAAUUAUGAUGCUCAAAGAGGAGCUGGUUACGAUGCACAGAUAGGACUCAACUAUGAUGCACUGAGGGGACCCAACUAUGAUGCACAGAGAGGAUAUGGCUAUGAUGCACAGAGAGGAGGCGUCUAUGACCCGCAGAGGGGAGCUGGCUAUGAUUCGCAGAGGGGAGCUGGCUAUGAUGCUCAGAUGGGAUCUGGUUAUGAUGCUCAAAGAGGACUUGGUUAUGAUGGACAAAGGGGACCUGGAGGAUAUGAGGCACAACGUGGACCGGGAUAUGACAUACAAAGAGGAUCUGGUUAUGAUACAGGCAAAAGUGGUGGGUAUGAUGCACCACCUAGAGGUGCUGCUAACCCUCAAGGACAGGUGGCAGCUCCUAACAAUGCGCCUUACGGGUCUACAACACCCCCUAAUCGUGCUGGGGGUGGUGGGUAUGAGGCACCACCACGAGGAGGAAACAACCCUGCUCGUAGAUGAGCUUGAGAUUUUGGUCUCAGUAUUGCUGUCAUUUGACAAGUUCUUGCUUCUAGUUUCCAUAACAUUGCAGCUCCUGCUAUUUUUUUAUUUUUAUUUUUAUUUUUUAUUUCCUUCCUCAAGCCAUCAUCCCGUUAUACAGAAGCUCUGUUGAGUUUGUUUUAAGUACUAUAAAGGUAGUGACAAGUACCAGAAUGGAGCAGGAUGUGGAUUAAAGUAAUUCAUUGCUUAAAGCAGACUUUGUACGGAUAUUUGUACUCAUCAAUACCCACUGUUUUGCUCUUGUAUGCCA